UUGCAAGCUGAUGUGCAACACUGCACGCACUUAUCACAGAUAAUUCCUAUUAAUAAGUGAAUUUUUUUGUACACAUUUUGAACGGUAUUACAGACAAUUACAUAGACUCUAAAUGGCAGCAUAAUGACGCGCAAUGAUCACAUGAAAUGGUAUCAUGGCCGCUUGACACGCGAGGCAGCCGACGAUUUGCUUAAACAAGGUUACGAGGAUGGCACAUUUCUGGUGCGCGAAAGCAGCACAGCAGCUGGCGAUUUUGUGUUGAGUCUGUUGCAUCAGGGCGAGGUGUGUCACUAUCAGAUUCGACGACAUGGCGAGGAUGCCUUCUUCUCCAUCGAUGACAAGAGUCAGACGAAAAUCUUGCAUGGCCUGGAAACUCUGGUGGAUUAUUAUCAACAGGAACCGAAUGGUUUGAUCACAAAACUAACGGUGCCACUCACUGGCGAUGUGCCGCCGCACAAUACACGCAGCCAGGGCGUAACGAAUCUGUUGCAUCGUGCCACCAGCAAGAACGAGAGCAACGUCGUGUUUGAGCUGCUGAAAUGUGGCUAUCGCAAUUUCGAUGCCAAGAAUCAGGAUGGACAAACGGCGCUCCAUUUGGCUGCCCUGUAUUGCAAUGAGAAUAUUCUCGAAUUGCUGCUGGAUGCACACGUUCAGGUCAACAGCGCCGAUGCUUCUGGCUGCCAGCCAUUACAUUAUGCCUGUCGGCAGAAGCCGGCCAGUUUUAUACGCAUUCUGAUCGCGCAUCAGGCAAAUGUACAGGGACGCAACAUUGAGAAUGGUUAUGUGCCGCUGCACGAGGCCGCCAAGCAUGGCAAUUUGGAGGCAGUCCAAACACUGCUCGAGGCACAGGCGCCACCGUUACCACGCACCAGCUGCGGCGAGUUUCCCUUCGAUCUGGCCAAGGAGACGGGCCAAACGGCCGUUGAGGAAUUUCUGCUCAACUACAAGUUGCCGCCGGCAAGCACCAGUCGGGAGCAGUGGUACCAUGGCACCCUCAAGCGAGACGAGGCCAUCUCCAUACUCAAACAGUUUGCCCAUCAUUUGCAGCGCAAGCAGGUGGCCAGUGGCCAGCCGGUGGACACAGCCGGUUGCUUUCUGGUGCGCUACUCGGAGUCGCGAGCGGCAUCUGGCUACGUGCUCACUCUGCUCACCGCCGAUCAGUCGCCCAAAAACUUUCUCAUCUCACAAGCGGAUCUCUAUCAGAACAGUAAUGGCAACAAGUUGUCCUCCGGCGGGUCAAAAUUCCUGUACAUUGACGAUGGUCCAUAUUGGCCGAGCUUGGAGCAUUUGGUGGCGCAUUUUAUGCGCUUUUCCUACGGCCUGCCCGUCAGUCUAAAGCAUCCGGUGGCGCCGCAGCCCAAGCCGGAGGUGCCCUCCUUUGCCACAAUACCCCGUGUUACGCACAAGCAAGCAACGGAUAUGCCCAAUCCGCCGCUCAGCAGCAUGCCGGCCAAUCCCAUCGCAGUGCCAACACCCGGCAAGCAGAAGAAGCAGAAGGAGAACAUUAGCUCCAUGUUUAAUACGCUGCGCAGUCCCAAGAAGAGUCUCUUCGACAUGAACAGUCUGCGCAAGAGUAAAUCGAAGAAUAAACGCAGCGAUUCCGAGAGCAGCAUCAGCUUUGAGGCAGCCGCCGCCCGGGCCAAGGAGGAGCUGCAGGCGGCUGCUCCGAUGCUCAAGAAUCUCUCGUUCUCAACGGACUUUAGCAACUUUAAUGUGGAUAACGAUGAUGUUGGUGGAGAUGUGUACAAUGUGCCAAGGAAUAAUACACCGAUUGAGGUGCCACCGAUUGCCAAUAAGACUGAGGCGGAAGUCGAGUAUUUCACCAAGAGCGAUGUCGCCAUUGAGCGGGAACGUCUCGCUGCACUCACAGCCAACGGUUAUUUGCCCACAAUGGAUGUGCACAUCCUGCUCGAUCAGCCCAUCAAGCUGCUCGACUCGAAGCAGAUGUCGCGGCUCGACUCGAUUAUAUCCACUGGGUCCACAGAGAGCGAAAUGGCUGGCUAUCUGCAGCGCAAGUGCAGCGGAGGUGCAGCAGGAGCCAGUGUAUCGGGACUCAGUGGCGAUGAGUUGGCCGCCGCCAAGCAACGAUUCUUUAUACAUCGGGAUCAGUUGGAGUGCGGACCGGAAAUUGGAGCCGGUGACUUUGGCUCCGUUUACAAGGGUUGGCUGCGUCGCGGUUCCGAGGGCAGUCCUCGUCUCGAGGUGGCCAUCAAAACGCUGCGCGACGAGGAAGAGCAUGCCAUCAACAAGCAGGACUUUCUGCGAGAGGCAUCUGUGAUGAUGCGAUUGGAGCACAAGUGCAUUGUGCGACUCAUUGGCAUCUCCAAAGGUGAUAUGCUGAUGAUGGUCCAGGAAUUGGCGCCACUCGGCUCCAUGCUGCAGUACAUACUCGAUCACAGUCCCGAGCUGAAGGUCAACAACGAACUGAAGCUCUGGGCAACGCAAAUCGCAAGCGGCAUGCAUUAUUUGGAGACGCAGCACUUUGUGCAUCGCGAUUUGGCUGCACGCAACAUACUGUUGACAUCCCGGCAGCAGGCGAAGAUUAGUGAUUUUGGAAUGUCGCGUUCGCUGCGUGCUGGCAGCGAUGAGUAUCAUUUCACGCAAGGCGGACGCUGGCCCAUACGCUGGUAUGCGCCGGAGAGCUUCAACAAUGGCAUCUUCUCGCAUGCCAGCGAUGUUUGGUCGUUUGGCGUCACGCUGUGGGAGAUGUUUGCGCUUGGCGCACCGCCAUAUGGCGAUAUAUUGAAUAAGGAUGCCAUCGAGCUGGUCGAUAAUGGACAGCGUUUGCCACAGCCGGAUCUGUGUCCGGCGUACAUUUAUGCCGUCAUGCACAGCUGCUGGCAGUAUCAUCCCAGGGAGCGGCCCACCUUUGCCUAUCUCAUGGAGUUCUUCAGUCGCGAUCCCGAGUACCAGAAUCUGCCGGAGGUGGUGCAAUCGGUGCAUAUCUAGGCCAAUCUCCAACUGCUUCUGGUGCAGCUCCCACUCCUCGUCCACAUCUCCUUCCUUAAGCGUGCAAUUUCUUUUAUUACGAUUACUCCAUGUAUUGAUUUUAUUUGAUAUCUUGGUUAAUUCCAAUUUCUAACGUAUUAUUGUUAUACAUUUGUUUAUAUAUAUAUAUAUAUAUCUACUUGUACCAUAUGUCAAUCUAUAUAUAUCCAUAUAUAAAUAUAUAUGUAUUUUGUGGACAAUCUAUGUGAACAAUUUGUGUCAAAUAGUGAACAAGUGUGCCUUACAUUAUUUUAUAACAAUUAACCAAUAUGCAAUAAAAUGUUGCAUAAACGUA